CUGCUCUCCCGACCCGAAGAGGCGCCGUCUUCCUGGGUCCCGAGCAGUCUAUGCAGGAGGACUCGGCUCUUCUCUGCAAGGAGAGCACGCUGGAGGGAAUGGCUGCUGUGUCUCUGACCAGAUGCCAGGACCCAGUGACAUUCGAGGAUGUGGCCAUAGUUUUCACAGAUGAAGAGUGGAGGCAUCUGGUCCCUACUCAGAGGGACCUCUACAAGGAGGUGAUGCUGGAGAACUACAAGAGCAUUGUCUCACUGGGACUUCCAAUACCUGGACCUGAUGUGAUUUUUCAGUUGAAGAGAGGGGAUGAGCCUUGGCUAGUGGAGUUUCAUGGAUUUGAGGGGAAAGAAGGUGCAGAGAAUGUCUCUUUAGAUUGGGAGACUAAGCCUGAGAUUCAAGGUGCUUCAGAAGAAGAAAAAUCAGAAGGAUCAUUGAAGGAAAAGCUUGGAAGAAAAGGUCCUCCAUCCCCUAAACUCGAAGUUUAUGCACUGGAUGGCAGGUUGGGAACAGAGAAGGAAAGCCCUACAGUUGAGGCCUGCAAGAAACCCCCUUCUCUGGAGGAAAGCUUGCGGCACAGGGCAACCCCUCCCAAGAAAAUUCUCACUAAAGAGAGAGACCAGGAAUGCAGCAACUGUGGUAAGACCUUUUUUGACCACUCCUCCCUCAUCCGCCAUCAGAGGACUCACACUGGUGAGAAGCCCUAUGACUGUCCCGAGUGUGGGAAGGCCUUCAGCCACAGGAGCAGUCUCAGUAGACACCUGAUGUCACACACAGGAGAGAGCCCCUACGAGUGCAACGCCUGUGGGAAAGCUUUUUUCGACCGUUCGUCCCUGACUGUACAUCAGCGAAUUCAUACUGGAGAGAAACCCUUCAAAUGCAGCGAGUGUGGAAAAGCCUUCUUUGACCGCUCAUCCCUUACCCGCCACCAGAGGAUCCAUACUGGAGAAAGUCCUUAUGAAUGUAACCAGUGCGGGAAAGCCUUUAGCCAGAAAAGUAUUCUUACGCGACACCAGCUAAUCCACACGGGCCGGAAGCCGUAUGAAUGUAAUGAGUGUGGGAAAGCCUUCUAUGGGGUCUCGUCACUGAACAGACAUCAGAAAGCCCAUGCUGGAGAGCCUCGCUACCAGUGCAGUGAGUGUGGGAAGGCUUUCUUUGACCGCUCCUCCCUAACUCAGCACCAGAAGAUUCACACUGGAGACAAGCCAUACGAAUGCAGCGAAUGUGGGAAAGCCUUCAGCCAGAGGUGCCGGCUCACGCGACACCAGAGAGUUCACACAGGAGAGAAGCCGUUUGAAUGCAGUGUGUGUGGGAAAGUCUUCAGUUCUAAAUCAUCAGUUAUUCAGCAUCAACGGCGUUACGCCAAACAGGGAAUAGACUGGUGGGCCGGCGCGGUGGACCCCCGGCCCCUCGCGCGUUCGCCGCUUCCUUUUCCCGCAGUCGUCACCAGCGGUAGCGCGGAGCGAGUCAGCAUGGAGCCGAAGCGCAGAGGGUCACUUUCUGAGGACUCAGACCUUCCUCAGGCUGGAAACCCCAAAGAAAAUGGCCUGACCACUGUGCUGCUGACCCCUGCAUCCCAGGGAUCGAUGAUCAGGGACAUGGCCGAGGCUGUCACCCAGUGGGAACAGCUGAACCCUCCGCAGGGAGGCGAGCCUGAGAAGCCUAGGAAUCUGGUCUUGCUCGGGCUUCCAAUUUCCAAGCCUGAUGUAAUUUCUCAGUUGGAGAGUGGGGAGACGCUGGAAAGAAAAGUCUCAAAAGCAGCUAAUCCAGACUGGGGUACAGAACCAGAGAGCAAGGAGGUAGCCCCAGAGCAGGACAUUUCUGAAGAAGAAUCAACCCCUGGGGUGUUAGUAGAGAGAUUUCCAAAGGAAAGUUCCAGUGAAUGUGAAGAUUCUUUAAAGAAUCAGCAGGAAAACCAUGAGAAACAUUUAAUACAAGAGGUUGGCCCUCAGACGAAACCUUCUGGGGAGAGAAGCUACCAGUGUGAUGAAUUUGGAAGAAAUUUUAGUCGGAGGUCAUUACUUGUCCAACAGCAAGGAGAGAGCCGACACAGCCGUGAUUCAUUUAAAAAGAACUUGAAGCAAAAUUCAGAUCUAAUGAAACAUGAGAAAAUCUGUGCAGGAAAGAAACCUUGGAAGUGUAAUGAGUGUGAGAAGGCCUUUAGUUAUUACUCAGCUUUUGUCUUGCAUCAGCGAAUUCACACAGGAGAAAAACCCUAUGAAUGUAAUGAAUGUGGUAAAGCCUUCAGUCAGAGCAUACACCUGACUCUGCACCAGAGGAUUCACACAGGAGAGAAACCUUACAGAUGUCAUGAAUGUGGGAAAGCCUUCAGUCACCGCUCAGCCCUUAUUAGGCACCAUAUAAUUCAUACUGGGGAGAAACCUUAUGAAUGCAAUGAAUGCGGGAAGGCCUUCAAUCAGAGUUCAUACCUCACUCAACAUCAGCGAAUUCAUACUGGAGAGAAACCUUACGAGUGUAAUGAAUGUGGGAAGGCCUUUAGCCAAAGCACAUUCCUUACCCAGCAUCAGGUCAUCCACACUGGAGAGAAACCCUAUAAGUGUAAUGAGUGUGGAAAAGCUUUUAGUGAUCGCUCAGGCCUCAUUCAGCACCAGAGAACUCAUACCGGGGAGAGGCCUUAUGAGUGUAACGAAUGUGGGAAGGCCUUUGGCUACUGCUCAGCCCUGACUCAGCACCAGAGAACUCACACUGGGGAGAAACCCUACCAGUGCAGCGAUUGUGCCAAAGCCUUCAGCGACCGUUCAGCCCUUAUCCGUCAUCAGAGAACACACACUGGAGAGAAACCUUACAAGUGUAAGGACUGUGGAAAAGCCUUCAGCCAGAGCUCAUCUCUUACAAAGCAUCAGAAAACUCACACUGGAGAAAAACCCUAUAAGUGUAAGGAAUGUGGAAAGGCUUUCAGCCAGAGUUCAUCCCUUUCUCAACAUCAGAAAACUCAUUCUGGAGGGAAAAUCAGGGAAUAUGGAAAAGCCUUUAGUGAGCAUUCAGCCUUCAACCAGCAAAAGAGAAUUGAUACUGGAUAAAAGCAAUGUAAAUGCAAUACAUUCAGAACAUCCUUACUGAACAAUUACUAUAAUGCUGUGAGGGAUACAAAGGAAUUAAGACUAUGUUACAAAAGAGAUUCAAUUGAGAAGUCAUUGGUGAUAUGGGACAUAGCUUACUCAGAAUGUGAGAGAAGAGUUCUGCAUUUUUAAAAAAUAUCCUGACAGAGGACACUGUGAAUCUCCCUAGGGAGAGAGGAAAAUUAUUUCCAACACCCUGAUGUGUAGGUACGCUGCUAAAUCCUUGCACAAGAAACAGGGUGUGCCGUGAUGGAAAGAGGACAUCUUGACUGAGCUAGAUGUUCUCAUAAUGCUAAGGGGAUGACAUUUUAAAGGGAUAAGUGGUCCUUUUAGGCAAAUUGAAGGGGUAGAAAUCAGAGGUUGGCAAUUUGCAUUGUCUGUCCAGAGUUGAGAGUGGUGGUGGAAGAGACGUUGUCCUUGGUCUUAAAUACAAGAAUUUAAGUUGUAAAUUAAAUUUACUAAGUUGCUAAGUCGUGUCUAACUUUUUUAAACCCCGUGGACGGUAGCCUGCCGGGCUCCUCUGCC